GUAACCGUCAGUGCUUGGUUGUUAUUAGAAAUAAGUACCAUUGUUUAAUUAGUUUUAUUUUUGUUUUCUUUCUCUGUAUCAUUAAGUUUGUCGUUCAUUUUUGUUAUUGAUUUUAUUAUUACUGUAGUUGUUACUGUCGACGUGAAAGAAUUUUUAUUACUGUUAGUAAAACAAAAAACAAAACUUUUCACUAUAAUAUUUUUGCGACUUUACCAUGAAAGUAGCCGUAUUAGGAUGUGGAAUUUUAGGAGUGAAAAUUGCAGGUGCUCUGGCAUACCAUGGUCACAGAGUUAAGAUGUAUGACAACAAUACGGAAACACUCAAUAAAGCCUACUCCGUCAUUGAAGAAGAUAAAAACAUGCUUCGACAAGAAGGACUGCUGCUACAAAAGAAUUUCCUGGGAACAAUAUAUUAUCUUAGUGGCCUCCAAGAAACAGUCAAAGAUGCAGAUUUUAUAUUUGAAGCUAUUGUUGAUGAUCUUGAGAUGAAACAAAACUUAUUCCAAAGUGCUUCACAAAUGUGCAAGAAUGAUGCAGUGAUUGCAACAAAUUCACUCAAGUUUCAUAUCUCAGAUAUUGCCAAGAAAUCUUCAAACAAAGAGCAAAUGAUUGGUUUAAGGUUUCUAUACCCUGUCUAUUAUAUACCUGAAGUUGAGAUCACUCUGAGCCAGCAGACUUCACCUGAAACUAUUGAAAAAGGAAGAAAGUUCUUGGAGAAAAUGGGGAAGACAUUAUUCUUCAGAUCUGGCACUGAACCAUUGAUUCUUAAGGAAGAGGAAAAAGAUAUGAGAAAACAACUUCGUCUAGAACAGAUCAAAAAUUCAUUCGGAAUGACACACUUAUUUAAGAAAACAGUUCCAAAACUUUCCCAUGACGGUAAUGAAGCUCCUUCACAAGAUGAAGCUGAAGGUAUCCCAUACAUUAGCAGUGAACAAGACUGUGCCAUCUGUAUGGCCAACACUCGGGACUGUUUGCUCUGUCCUUGUCAUCACAUGGUCACCUGUUAUGUUUGUUCAAGCAUGCUUCUCAACAAGCAGGAUGGAUGUCCAAUAUGUCGAAAAGACAUCACAGAAAUCGUCAAAGUGUAUCAUUCAUAGACAUUAUUGCACUAACCAUAACACAUUAUAAUCACUCAUAUUUUUAUUAUAUUCAGAUAUAAAAGAACAGCAAGCUGGUGGAAUCAUUAGCAUGCCAAACAAAAUGCUUAACAGCAUUUCUUCCAAACCUUCAUGUUCUGAGUUCAAAUUCUGCCAAGGUUGAUUUUGUCUUUCAUCCUUAGAAUAAAGUGCCAGCCAGCCCAGUACUGGGGUUGAUGUAAUCAACUUGCCCUCUCCCCUCAAAAUUUCUAGCCUUGUGCCAAAAUUAGAAACAGUUAUAAAGGUGGUGAAUUUGCAAACUCAUUAGCAAUGCUGGACAAAAUGCUUAGAGCAUUUCACCUGACUUUAUGUUCUGAGCUGAAAUACUGCCAAGGUCAGCAUUGCUUUUCAUCCUUUUGGGGGUUGAUAAAAUUAAGUACCAGUGGAGUACUGGGGUCAAUGUAAUUGACUAGCUCUACCCUAAAAUUUCAGGCCUUGUGCCUAUAUUGGAAAAUAUUAUAUAUAAGUAUAGAUAAUUACAUUGCUGUUCUUCUGACCCUUUCCAGUUGUAUGGCAAAGAGCUGAAUCCUGCUGCCACACAUAUGGCUUUCAAGCAGCAACCAUCUCCAGCCAGGGCUUGAUGCCAGUCUCCAGCAGUUAAACAUAGCCAUCUGAAUUGAACCUGAGACUCUGUUCAAAGAUGUCCGGGAAGCAUGAUGUCAACCUCACUGGAAGCACAUCCAAGGACCAUCACAAUUUGGGGGUACUUGGUUUCCAUGAUAUGUAGGACACAUCUUACUGCCUUGUCAGCAUUGUGUAUAUAGUGUAAAUCAUCAACGUACAAUUAACUCUUUUCCAAUAUUCAGAUAGCUUCCUGUCCUCAUGUGAGUUAACUUUUUUGCAACUACAACUUUAACCUUUAUGCUCUCCAACACCAUUGGCUGUUCAUCAAUACAUGAAGCUGUUCCUAAAAGAAGGCGACAUAAAGUCAUCCAAUUUAGCCUGAACACUCUUGCACUCUUAUUACAACAUUAAGAGUUUUUAACUCUUAUUUCUAGCAAUGUAGGUGCUUUAGCACCUCAAUCACAUUUAGUGACAAUUAAAUUUUUCCUUUAUGGUAUUAAGUUAUGCCUAGCUGUCUAUAUUAAUUUUUUGCAUAUACAUACAUACAUAUAUACAUACAUACAUACAAAU